UUAGCAGUGUGGAUUAAUCUGCAGCGGUGAGAGCGGGGACUGAGCUGCACCGGUCCUGACAGGAAUAAGGCCUCAGGCAUGACAGCAGCAGCCUCCUGGGAAGUAGAUUCGGCUCAGUCCAAUCGUUCCCUGUUCAACCUAAGCAGCAGCUUAAGCAGCACUGAGGCCUUCCUGUGGUUGCUACCCACCGAGCACAACUCAUCCAGCCCGACGUCGCACCCGCACACGGGGCAGGUACGGGACCAGAAUCUGGCGCGGGCAGAGAUUGGGGUGCUUGGUUUUGUGCUGGCGCUCACCACUCUGGGAAACAGUUUUGUACUGUGGGUGCUGUUACGGAGAAGAAAGCAUCAUGCACCCAUGCAUCUCUUCAUGAUCAAUCUGUGCGUGGCCGACCUCGUCGUGGCCUUGUUCCAGGUGCUGCCACAGCUGCUGUGGGACAUCACAGAGCGCUUCCAGGGCCCCGAUGCCCUGUGCCGUGCCAUCAAGUACCUGCAGAUUGUAGGAAUGUUUGCCUCCUCUUACAUGAUUGUGGCCAUGACCGUGGACCGGCACUAUGCCAUCUGCUGCCCUCUGCAAGCAUACCGAGGAGGCAAACUCUCACGCUGGAACACACCUAUCAUGGUGGCCUGGGGCUUGGCCCUGCUACUCAGUUUACCACAGGUGUUUAUCUUCUCUCGGUCAGAAGUGAACCCAGGGGAGUUUGAGUGCUGGGGACACUUUAUUGAGCCAUGGGGCCUUAAAGCCUACGUCACCUGGAUGACUGUCGCUGUUUUUAUCCUACCAGCAUUCAUCAUUACUAUUUGUCAGGUACGUAUCUUCAGAGAGAUCCACAACAACAUCUACCUGAAAUCGGAGAGAAUGGUGUCCGCUGAAUAUAAGAAGAACUCUGUGCUGCUUCAUUUUCCUAAGAGAGAAGGGCAUCGUGGGAGGUCCGGGAGAGAUAAAGACAUACAGUGCGGCCACCAUCACCAUACUGACAUCCAUCUGCCCCGGCGCAGUAGCCCAGCCUCUGUGGAUCUUCACAUUUCAUAUGACAACCUGUCUGUCUCCCCGACGUGUGGAAAUUCCUCCUAUAACCCCUGUGACUCCUGUGACUCGUGCUCCAUACCCCUGCCAUCCUCGGAAAUCUUCACCUCUGCCACACCUCCGUUAGAAAAAUUCACUCCUGAUCUGCCUGAACCCUCUCACAUGCACACCCUGCCAGCCAGUAACUCAUGUCUUCAGUCCAGAUCCUCGUCCUCAUUGGCUGGCCAAAUCACUGGAGCUCCUGAACUCUGGCCAGAUGUGCUCCCGGAUCCUCCCCCGCCACCACCCCCUGGCAUUUCCAAGGCCAUGUCAAAGACAGUGAGGAUGACUUUGGUAAUAGUGUUGGUCUACACCAUCUGCUGGUCUCCUUUCUUUAUCGUCCAGCUGUGGGCAGCCUGGGAUCCCAACCCACCCAACCAAGGAGUAGCCUUCACCAUCCUAAUGCUGCUGGCCAGCCUGAACUCCUGCACCAACCCCUGGAUCUACACAGCCUUCUCCAGCAGUGUGUCGCGCGAGCUUCUCGCCCUGCUGCGCUGCCACGUGCCCACACCACGCCGAGGCUCACUGCCCGACGACUCCACCGCAACUCACACCUCAACCACCACCAAGGACAGCAUCUACUGA